AUGUCGAAGAGCUGGGUACCGACGCUACGGCUGCCCAAGUCGACAUUUCCACCACGUCCCCGGCCAAAGAGUUGGGAGCGGUACAUCCAGCAAUGCGCCGAUGAUUUCUACAAGUGGCAGUUGGCCAAUCGCCCGGCCGACGACGAAUUUGUCUUGCACGAUGGACCCCCCUAUGCCAAUGGCAGCUUGCACGCCGGGCAUGCCCUGAACAAAAUUCUCAAGGACAUCAUCCUGCGUGUCAAGGUUCAACAAGGGCGGCGCGUCUCGUACAUACCGGGCUGGGACUGCCACGGCCUCCCGAUCGAGCUCAAGGCGGUGGACGCGGCGGCGGGCAAGCGUAUGUCGGCGGGGGCGAUCCGCAAGGCCGCGCGCAAGCUCGCCGCCAAGACGGUCGUCGACCAGAUGAAGAGCUUCCGCACCUACGCCGUCAUGGCCGACUGGGACGCCCGCUGGACCACCAUGGACACGGCCUACGAGAUCCGCCAGCUGCGCCUGUUUCGCCAGAUGGCGCGCCGCGGGUUAGUGUACCGCAAGUUUAAGCCGGUUUAUUGGUCGCCGUCGUCGGGGACCGCGCUGGCUGAGGCCGAGCUGGAGUAUAACGAUGCUCAUGUGUCGAAGGCGGCGUACAUUCGGUUUCCGGUGGUGGGUGGAUAUGAGGACUUGCCGGGGCUGGAAGGGUUUGGGGGGAGAUUGUUUGCGGUGAUCUGGACGACAACGCCGUGGACUCUGCCUGCGAAUCGGGCGAUUGCGGUGCAUGAGGAUCUGGCAUACCAUAUUGUGAAGGUUGGUGCAGACGCGUUUUUGGUGGCGGAGAACUGCCUGGAGCGGAUCGCAAAGCUGUUUGGGGAGGGGGCGGUUUUUGAGAUUGUUGGCACGGUCAAGGGCAGCCAGCUGACACAGCUGCGGUACCUCAACGUGCUUCGGGGGAAGUCGGCCGAGCCCCAGCCAUUCAUGCACGGCUCGUUCGUGACGGAUGGCUCAGGAAGCGGUCUUGUUCAUUGCGCGCCGGGGCACGGGUUUGACGACUACUUGGCCUGCCUUUCCCUGGGGAUCUCAGUCUCUGCGCCGGUGGACAAUGAUGGUUUGUUCACCGAGGAGGCCUUCCCUGAUCACCCUCACCGUCUAAAGGGCAUCUCUGUCCUUGAUGGUGGCAGUGAUGCUGUGUUGAAUAUCCUUGGAGACGACGUCCUCGAUGUUCACAAUUACCAGCAUAAAUACCCCUACGACUGGCGCACCAAGAAGCCCAUCAUUAUCAGGGCCACAGCCCAGUGGUUCGCCGACGUGGGUACCAUCAAAGACGAUGCGCUGGGGGCAACUGGCCAAGUGCAGUUCGUGCCCGAGAAUGGGAAGAACAGGCUCGAAGCGUUCAUCAAAGGCCGCAGCGAAUGGUGUAUCUCAAGGCAACGUGCUUGGGGUGUGCCAAUACCCGCUUUGUACGAGCCGACCGGUAACGCCGUAAUGAGCGAAGAAGUCAUCGACCACAUUAUCUCGGUCAUCCAGGAGCGGGGUACAGAUGCGUGGUGGACGGAUGCCCCAGAGGACCCGGCAUGGAUUCCCGAGUCACUCCGGGGCAAGGGAGAGUACUCGCGUGGGCGAGAUACCAUGGAUGUUUGGUUCGACAGCGGCACCAGCUGGACAAUGAUGGAUAAGCAGGCAGACUUGUAUCUUGAGGGCUCUGAUCAGCACCGCGGCUGGUUUCAGUCUAGCCUGCUCACUCGGGUGGCUGCCAUGGCCGACCACAGUGCAAAGUCUACGACCAAUACCCUCGGCCUGUCACCUUUCAAAACCCUCAUCACACAUGGCUUCACGCUCGACAAGGAAGGCAAAAAGAUGUCCAAAUCACUCGGUAACAUCAUCUCCGCGGACCAGGUCAUGGAUGGCUCGCUGCUCCCACCUCUCAAGCCCAGAAAGAGCGACGUCAGGCCAGCUCCUGUCAAGGACGCUCUCGGGCCCGAUGCCCUCCGACUCUGGGUCGCCAGCAGCGAUUACACGCGCGACAUCGUGCUCGGCGAGCCCGUGCUCACGACAAUCCACCAAGCCCUACUCAAGUACCGCAUCACCAUCAAGAUGCUCACGGGAUCAAUGCACCCGUCGGCGUGCACGGCGCCGCUGACCACCCUUGACCAGAUCGCGCUCCUGCAGCUCGGCGACGUCAUGGCCGAGGUCGGGCGGCACUACGACGCGCACGAGUUCAACAAGGCCUUCAACGCGCUCAACCGCUGGCUCACCAACGACCUGUCGGCCUUCUACCUCGAGGCCCUCAAGGACCGUCUGUACUGCGCCGAUGGCGGCGGCGUGCUCGAGCCCCUCUUUUUUGGGCUUUUGCGCAUGCUGGCCCCCAUCACCCCCGUCUUGGUCGAAGAGGCCUGGGAGCACAGGCCCCAGUGGCUGAAGGAGGACGAGACGGUGGUGCACCCGCUGCACCAGCUCUAUGAUGCGCCGCUUGUGGAUGAGGGGCGCCGUACAGUUGCUGAGGGGGCGUUGAGGGAGGCGGUGCCCGUGCUGAUGCGGACGCAUGCCGCCAUCAAGGCGGCCUCGGAGCUGGCUAGGGGGGAUAAGGUGUUAGGUUCAUCGUUACAGUGUGAUGUUGUGCUGGAGGUGCCCGAGGGGAAGGCGUUGCAGGCGCUGGAGAGGUUCCGGGAGGAGUUGGAGGCUAUGUUUGUGGUGUCCUCGGUUGAGCUGAACGGGACGGUGGCGGAGGAUGCGCAGUGGAAGUAUUGCGAGGAGUUUGAGCUGGAGGGGAAGCAGUGCAAGGCGUGGGUGCUCCCGCCCAAGCAGGCGAAGUGCCCGCGCUGCUGGAGGGUAUGUUGCGCCCAAGGAGGAGGAGCUGUGCGGGAGGUGUGA